CCUGCUGCAAAACGACUCUCCCUUGGAGCCAAAACACCACGGCGUUCAUUGUCUUCCCUAAUAAGUGAAACACGUGCAAAACUUGCCGAGACUUCUAGCGUGUCUAUAUUUAAUACUCCAUUAGGAAAAAAAAAUGCACCUAGAAGACUAACAAAGA